GUCUCCAGUCGGUCCCCCGCGUCGAGCGGUUCCACACCCUCAGCGGACCACUCGACUGCCACCCAACCCAUCCCCAAGAAGUCCCAGCAGAUCAAGACUGAUAAACCCCGCCCCCACAUAUGCACCAUCUGUACUCGUGCGUUUGCCCGGCUCGAGCACUUGAAGCGCCACGAGCGGUCACAUACCAAUGAAAAACCCUUCCAGUGUGCUGCCUGCGGACGGUGUUUUGCCCGCAGGGACUUGGUGUUGAGACACCAACAGAAGCUCCACUCGAGUCUCCCCAACAUCAUGCGUCGCGGGUCGUCCAAGGACUUGGACGAGCACGUUAUUGUGUUGCACAACAACACCGAGAACACGGCCCCGUUGCCCAACGGAGCCACUCCGGACUUGGGCGAUGCCAAUACAAACGAUGCGUUCGAUGACCCUGAAAAGAUGGCACCUUCGCAGCUCUAUUCUCCCCCCAAGUCCAACGAGUUCAACUACAACAACGGCAUGACCCCACAAUUCAGAACCGGCUUGUUCCAGAACCCGGGUACCUCCUCCAACAUUCUGCCUGCAAACAAUCCGAUUCCAUCGCCCAUCCCCACAAACUCCAGCCAGAACUCGCCUCCCAACGUGACCUUGCCCAGCAGUAUUACUGGUCCCUCUGGAUUGCAAAAAACCCACAUCGCCCAAAACAUCGACUCGCCUCGCAAAAAGCAGAAUCCCGUUCGCAUGAAGCAAGAGUCCAAAUCCAUCGAAGAGGCCUUGCGCACCUCCCACUUGAACCAUUUGUUGGGAUCACAGACCCGUCACGCCUCGUUUUCCGCUGUCUCGGGUUCUUCCUACACCAAUUUGAAGGAUGCCAAAAACAUUCAGCAAAUCAACUCGAGCUUCUUUGACUCGAAUGGUCAGCUGUCUGAUUUCUCGUCCCAAUUGAAUGCUUCAGACGAAUUAACUUCGAAGAAUUUGCUUUUGUCCGGUUUAGACAUUAAUUCUUUGGGAAUGAUGGAUUGGACCAAUCUUGACGGUCUCGACUUGAGUAGUGCUGCUGAUAGAACAAAGGGGGCAGGCUCUCCUUCGUUCUCCCAACUCACGGCCAAGCAAAGGUCAAUCAAGAACCUUCAACAGUUCUUUCUGGAUAAUUUGGCACCAUCGGGCCAUACCUUAGAUAACGGGAAUGGGAAUGCAACAAACGAAAACGCGCUUGCUGCCUUACAAUUUAACAACCCCAACCACCCCCAUCAUUUGAAGGGAAUGACUCCAUUUGAGUACGGGUUGAACCCACCAAAUUAUAUGAACAUGACCCAGAAUAUGUUCUCCAAUGGUCAUUCAGCUGCUAGUCCAAUCAAUUUACAAACUGACGCAGUUGAAAGUAAGAAAUUGAUGAAGAAGCAAAGGAAGGAGCACGAAGAAAAUCCAAGCAAAAAGGCGCGGACUGAUUCAACUUCAAGUGCUAAUAUAACCGAUCAAAAAAUACCUUUGAAUAGUUCAAACCAACCCAGGUUUUCCGCAACAAGCAACAUGCAUGCAAUAAACUUGAACAUGACUCCUGAUGACGAUUGGUUGAAAGAAAUUAUCAACACACCUUACGACACGAAUUUCCCUGUUGCCUCCCACCAAAUUGGGUUCAUCGAGGCUCCUUCAUUAUUGAAUUCCCCAAAAUUAGAUGCUCAAACUGCAACACUUCCUUCGUCCACUACUUUAGAGUACAAUUCAAUUAAUGAAAUUUCCUCACUUUUUAGAUCAAGGCAAAUUGAUUUGGUCAAACAAAUGAAUCCAAACGUGAUACAGGACAAGACUGACCAAGAAAAACAGACACUCGCACCUGGUGAUUUUGAAUUUACCCUUGAUAGCUCUCUCCUUCAAGAUUUCAAUUUCAUUACAGAAGACUUUAGAAGCAAGAUCAUUAGCAUUUCAAACUUGAAUGACACUCAGUUUCCUACUACCGAAGACUUGAACCAUUACAUGAGACUCUAUGAAUUGGAAUUUAACAAAUACUUCCCAUUCAUUCACCUUCCAUCAUUAAAAAACCCUAUGGUCAACAAAUUUGAGUAUAUUCCGUUGAUUUUGUCAAUGACAUCGAUAGGUGCUUUGUAUUCCUACCACGACACGAACACAUUGUUAUUGUUCAGUUUGUCAAAGUAUCAUAUUCAAAAUUUCUUUGAGAAAGAGAUUACCUUGAACAAUUUGCAGUUCAAGAAAGUACCAUUAAUGGCUCACCAAUGUUUGGUUUUGCAUAUUUUCAUCACUUUGUUUUUCAACGAAACGAAUAUGACAGACGUGACUUCCAAGCAAAUGAAAUCGAUGAUUGGAUUGAUCAAGUCUACAAACUUUAAUGAACCGUUGGAACAAUUCUUAAUUCCACCUCAAGAUCUCAGAAAGAUUGAACUGUCUCAAGAUUCUACGCAAGUUAUUCAGAAGAACUUUGAUUACUUCAUCAUGGCCCAGUCCAGAAUCAGAACAAUUCACUUGUUCUAUAUGUUACAAUCAUUCAGAGCUAGUAUCGGAGGCUUACCGAUCUAUUGUGAUCAUAGUCUAUUGAAGAGCGGUAAUCAUUGUGCCAACGAAGACUUAUGGCGUUGUUCAACUUCGGCAGAUUGGUUCAGCGUUAUUAAGAAUGGGAAAUUUGACUCCUUGGUGGAUUUAAGUAAUGGACAGCCUUUUGACAAGAUGUUACAAUACUUGAGAGGCAAUUUUACUGGACGAGACGUUUCUAUGCCUUUGUCUUUUAAUAACCUUCUCUCUUUAUUGAUGUACGCACAUGAAUGUGUUCAAAUUCAAUCCUUACAAUCACAACCAUUCAACCACCUAGACUGGAAACUCAAUCACAAACCAAGCUUGGAAAAGCUUGUAAAGUGUUGGGAACAAAAAUUUAUCAUGAAUGGUGGUACGUUAUUAAUCGACGCUACCGAUAGGCAUUUACUCAACAUUCAUAAUGAGCUCAAGAUUAUUCUUCCCUUAUACUGGUUACUUAAGAUUAAGUUGGUUAUCAAUAUCACUCCAGUAAUAUCACCAGUUUUUUCGAAAGACUGGAAGAUGAUGAAUAAUAAUUUGGAUCGGAUUACGCAAGAUGAACCUACUUUCGAGAAUUUGAAGCAAAGUUUGCCAUUCUGUAUUGAGAUUAUCGAAUUAUGGACCCACAAUAUCAAAAGUAUUAGCAAUGAUGAUAUGAAACAAUGUUCCCUAAGAAGUCCAGUGUUCUUCGUGUCAUGCUUAUUUGUGGCAGUCUUGAUCAUGUCAUCGUAUUUGCAUUAUUUGGAAAGCAAGAUCGAGAAGAGUUCGUUAAACGAUUGUGAAUUGAUCAAAUGGGUUGAAUGUGAAAGCAUUACCUCUAAAGUUGAAGAAGUUUUAAGUCCUAUUUUGAAGUCUUCAUACUCUGAGAUGCUCACCAAACAAGGGAAUACAUUUAAGUCAGUAAAACAGGAUGAUGGAUUGAUGAAGGUUAAGCAGUUAAUCGAAACGAAGGGGAAAUGUGAAGGUUCUCAACAAAUGAACCAAAUCGAACAAGAAAUACGGGGCGAGAUUUUGAAUGACAAAUUAUCCAUAAAGACACUUUAUUUGGGUAUCAGAAUCUUGGCCGAUGCCCCAGUGUGGCCAAUUGCAAUGGGGCUCUCUGAAUCACUCAAAUUCAGAGCAAAUUAUUUAUCAGAAAAG